AUGGCAGUCUUGAGCUUCACACUCGGCCCCGAGUCCUUAGGCAAGCUCCACGAUGCUCUUGUAUGCCUGGGAAAGUUCAGCGAGGCGGUAUGCAUAGAAGCAGUCCAUGAUAAGCUAGUUUUGACGGCUCUGAAUUCCUCAAAAUCAGCAUAUGCCUCUUUUACAUUGAUUGGGAAGAAGUUCUUCACCAAAUAUCAAUUCAAAGGAACUUCUAAUAGUAACCCGGCGAAGGACAGAUUUAACUGUAAGAUUUAUAACAAAGCGUUGCUGUCAGUAUUCAAGGGCCGGGUGGCAGACCCGACGAGAGAGAAGGACACAGCUGUUGAAAGAUGUGAUAUCUCUGUAGAGGACGGAGAAGGCAAAGCAAAGAGUCGUUUCGUUAUCAAGCUUGUGUGCAGACAUGGUAUGAUGAUCCUCAAAACAUACCGUUUGACGUUCGAGCCUGUUUCCCCUAUGCAUGCUCUAUUCGUCAAGGAAUCGGCGAAUAACACCUGGUCAAUCUCGUCCAAGACUUUACGGGAGUUCGUGGAGCAUUUUGGGCCUGGAACAGAACAACUUGACAUAUAUUCCGAGGAUGGUCGAGUAAGUCUUACCAGCUAUACAGAGAAGAUCAUGUCCGGCAAUGAGAUCUUAAAGCAGCCUUUGCACACUACAAUUUCCAUAGAUACUUUGCAAUUUGGCGAUUUCUCUGUUGAAGAGAAGCUCCACAUUGUGAUCAGCGUCAAGGAUUUCAAGUCUAUUAUUGCCCAUGCUGGAACUACUAACACAACCGUCAAAGCUCUAUAUUCUCGUCCGUCUAGUCCCAUGCAGCUGACCUACAGCGACGACGGGAUAUUAAGUGAGUUCAUACUCAUGACAAUUGGAGAACACCGAGGCGCUUCGGCCACACCCGCGCCGAAUGCGUCCCGAGCCAACUCCAAGAGACCUGCAUCAAGACAGCCCUUAGAAGCCACACCAGGGGCAAAGAGAGCUGCUACCUCCGAAAUGCCACCUCCCCCAACUAGCGCUGCUCCAAGUAUUAGCCGUGAAGCCACCAGAAGUAAAGUCACGAGACCAUCUCCGCCACCUCCCCAGCCCAGCAUCCAGUCGGAGGCCCUUUUCUUCCCUGAAGCAGACGAGGAUCGAAGAUGGGAUCCGGUCAACUAUGACGAGGAAGAAGACGAGAUGCUGUUAUGGGAUGCAGGUGGAAAUACUGUAUGCAAAAUUUACCGUUGCUUAGUAAAAAGCUGA